UAAAUGAAGUAUUAACAUUCGCUUCUAUCGAUAGGGUUGCUACCAUACUGCAAGAAACCCUCACAAUGAUUCAACUCGCGCGUUGGAUCUUGGCGUUCCCUCGCAGUUGAUUAGUUAACACUAUGCGUGUUUUGGAGGUAAAACUCAACAAAGAGAGAGAUCUUUAACGAUUUCCUUAAUAAUAUAGAUUUAAUUACAAAGCCGGGGCCAUGGUAUAAGUAAUGGAUGUUAAAGAACUUUAAUAAUCCAUUUUAGAUGUGAAAGUCGUGAAAGAAAGCGUCGUUGUCUUUCAUAUAGGAUAAAGAGAGAGAAAAAAAUCUUGAAUGUGUGGAUUAAGUUUAUUUGAUUUUCCGUGAAGGGGAUCCAUAUUAAUGACCGAUGUCAGUACUGUGAUGACGUCAUGGAUAUUUGGGACCUGACAUUCUUCGCUGCGACCAUGUUUUGGUCAUGUAACAUAGUGUCAGCAUCACAUCAUGAUUAUACAGAACCUGUAAAAACUGACAAAGGUAGCAUUGUGGGUCUAAGACAACGUAUAAAGGGAUUUACUUUAGAUUCCUUCUAUGGUAUUCCCUUUGCCAAACCUCCUGUAGGAAAAUAUCGUUUCAAACAUCCUCAGCCUCCAGAUCCCUGGAAGGAAAUAAAAAAGACAGUUGAUCUUCCUCCGGCAUGUAUGCAAGUGUAUGACAAUACUUUCCCAAAUUUUACGGGAGCCGAAAUGUGGAACCCUAAUACCCCAGUGAAAGAAGACUGCUUAUAUCUUAAUGUGUGGGUUCCUAAAACGACAGAGUCCAAAAAUAAGUCUGUGAUGGUAUGGAUUUAUGGUGGUUCAUUCAGUUUUGGAUCUAUAUCGUUAGACGUUUAUAAUGGAAAAUAUUUAGCUGUAGAAAGUGACGUCAUCGUUGUAUCUAUGCAAUAUCGAAUUGGGUCUCUGGGUUUCUUUGUUGGUUCAAGUCCAGAGGCUCCCGGAAACUGUGGAUUAUUUGACCAACUUUUGGCACUUGACUGGGUACAAAGGAACAUUCAUAAUUUUGGAGGAUCGCCUAAUGACGUAACGCUAUUCGGUGAAAGUUCAGGAGCUGCAUCUAUUGGUCUACAUCUUCUUUCCCCUCUGAGUCGUUCAAAAUUCCAAAGAGCAAUUUUACAAAGUGCGGGCCCAACAGCUCCUUGGGCAACUAUCACUCGCGAAAAAGCCAUAGAAAGAGGCAAAACGCUGGCUAAAGCAUUAAAAUGUGAAAAAGAUUCAGAAAUGGAAAUGUUAGAAUGUAUGAGAAAGAUAAAUGAAUCACAAUUUCCGCAAAAUGAUUUUAUACUGGAUGCUAACAUUCUCCAAUUUCCCUUUGUACCUAUUAUUGAUGGAGUGUUCCUGAUCGAAAACCCUGAAAUUUCAUUUAAAAAUGGAAAUUUCAAGCGUUGUCCAAUUCUUGCAGGGGCAAACACAAAUGAGGGAUCCUACUUUUUAGCAUACAGUUACGGAGGAGUUGUAUUCAAUAAAUCACAUAGUAGUCCAAUAGACAGAGACCAAUAUAAAAUAGAGAUGGAAAAACAGUUUAGGCACUUUCCACAACAUCCAACAAAAAUCAACAAUUUUGUUUUGGACGCAAUAAGAUUCCAAUAUACUCCAUGGAACGACCCCUUUGACAAAUUCCUCCUUCGGGAUGGGGUGGAAGCGGCGGUUGGGGACUUUAAUUUCGCAUGUUCCACUGUCGAUCUUGCUGGGGAGUACGCAGCAGCUGGGCUAAAUGUGUACUAUUACUUAUAUAACCAUCGCUCAUCGGUAAACCCCUGGGGUGAGUGGAUGGGAGUUAUGCAUGGGGAUGAAAUCAUGUUCAUCUUUGGACAACCCCUGGACAAUGAUUUUGAAUAUGAGACAAAGGAAAAAAGGCUGAGCAAGAAAAUGAUGAAGUAUUGGACAAAUUUCGCCAAAACUGGAAAUCCAAAUAAAGAACCAGGCGAGGACAAAGCCCUGGAUGACUGGCCAAUUCACACAUACAAAGGACGAGAAUAUAUAGUACUGGACACCAAAUUCCACGAACACAACAAAAAACCAACUAUAAAGAACGCAUUCAAAGUCAAAGACUGUGCAUUUUGGAGGGAAUAUGUUCCUACGCUGAUGCACACGACAGCAAACAUGUCCGACGUUGAACGAGAGUGGAAGUUAGAAUUUUACCAAUGGAAAACAAAUUAUAUGGUUCAAUGGCAGAGACAGUUUGAUGAGUUCGUCAGAAACUACGAAGAUCGCCUACAGUCGUGUAGUGCCCCUUAGAAAACGGGUUAAACGAUUAAAAGCAAAACAU